UUUCCAGAGUCCCCAGGGGGCAGGGGGCACCACCUCCUCUAUCAACAAGAUAUUCGACAGCUAUCGAGGUGAGGCAGCUCGCCCAAAGAAAAGUAUCAGUUCCAACCUAAUCCCAUUCAGACUCCCCGGAUGACAGCCCCGAUGGCAUCGGCAUUGAAGGAGCGAUGAAAUUUCUCGGCGAUAUCCAAGUACAACUAGACGAAGUGACAUGUCUCGGCAUCGCAGAACUUCUGAAAUCACCAUCGAUGGGCGAGUUUACUCGAGAGGGAUUCCUGAAUGGUUGGAGGGCUGUCGGAUGUGACUCCAUCGACAAAAUGGUCGCCCACGCUGACAAUCUCCGAUCGCAGAUUCCCACGCAGCCAGAUCUCUUCCGUCGCGUGUACCGCUAUACGUUCCCUCUCUGCCGGAUGCAGGGCCAGCGGAACCUCCAGUUUGAGAUUGCAGCCGAGCAGUGGAAGCUAUUCUUUACGCCGGAGAAGGGUGGAGUCCAGUGGGACACCGAGACGACUCCAUGGCUGGAAUGGUGGAUCGAAUUCAUGGAGGAGCGCGGAAAGAAACCCGUUAACAAGGAUCUGUGGGAACAGGUUGAGGUCUUCAUGCGGAAGACUCUUGACGAUGAACGGUUUGGGUGGUGGAGUGCGGAUGGCGCAUGGCCUGGGGCACUCGAUGAUUUUGUAGCCUGGGUGCAGAAGAAGAGAGGGGAUAAUAUGGAAGUGGAGUGAUGGUUGGUAGUGGAUCGUUGAGGGGAAUGAGUGUAUGAAUGCAUAGUAGAAUUGGUAUAUUCUAGUUCUCGCAGCUCUCUAGGUCCAGCCAACUGUAUCGGGCUC